UGUUUUCCGAUUACUUGCCUUCAGGAUAGAGAGCUCCCCCCCUUCCGAUCUCAUACUCUCCCGACUUCGUUCGCCCUCGAGGAUCGCUGGCCAUAGCCUCCCUAGGCUGCGCGCGAGCGGAGCCGGCCGCUACGCUUCUCGGUGGUCAUCCUUCAUCUCCUAGUCUCCUCUCGCGAGAGUCCGUGUGUCUCUCGGUUGCGAGCCGCAACCUCAGCCCCCUGUCUAGACGGCGGACGGUGAACGCUCCCUCCGGUGAGCAGAUCUAGUGGUUUUUCAAGAUCAUCCACUUUUCCUUCACGUUUGACGGACGGAUCUUACUUCAAAUGGAUGAGGUUGCACAAACUGUUGCAAAAGUGAAGAAGGAGUGGGAUCAAUCGGUUGUCCAAAUUCAAGAUCGUAUCAGGUUGAUAGAAAGUUGCGGAACGUCUGGAAAAGGAACAGAGGAAGCAAAUUCACUUCCUCGGUUAAACGGUGCUGCACAAGAUGGACUUGCAGUGCUUAGGUCAUUGCAGUUUAAACUUGAUUUUUUGGCCCAGCAGCUUUCAACAGAAGAGGAAAUUCAAUCUGCGCAGCUUACCUUAGAAUUUUGGAAGGAGCAAUAUCAAAGUUUGCAUAAGAGUUUGAGGAAUGCCAACUUGCAAGCCAAAAACAACAUUCGAAAAGCUGCUCAGCAAGAGAGAGAACUUCUUCUAGGAGGUGGAGAAGAGUCAACCAUCCGUAGACGUAAUCUGCAAACAAAGGUUGGAAUGACAUCAGCUGCCGAAAGCAUUACAGAGAGCCUCCGCCGUACGCGCCAAAUUAUGGUUCAGGAAGUAGAAAGAAGUGCAAGUACUUUGGCAACAUUUGAGGAAUCAACGGGUGUUUUGAGACGAGCAGAAAGUGAAUACAAAGGACAUCGGCCUCUACUGAUGCGAACACGCAACUUGCUAUCCACAAUGCGUCGGCAAGAUGUUCUUGACAGGGUGAUACUAGUGGUUGGAUUUCUCAUAUUUACAAGUGCUGUGCUCUACGUCGUCUGGAAGCGCAUAGGGUUGCUGGCGCUUCAGAGGAAGAUAAUGGCAGUCGUCAAGGCAGGUUCCAGGGGCCAAGGCGUUGUGCAAGAGUUGGAGAUUGUAUGAAUCCUCUGCCAAACCAUAUCCCAAUCUGCUGCAGCUCCUACAUGCUUUUCAUGGGGCAUUGGAUAUGUGAAAUCUUUCUUUCAUAUUCAUGUAUCAACUAUAACUUUCUUUACAAAAAAUAAUUCUAAAAAUCAAGCAAUAUGACACUGUUUUAAGAAAAA